UUUACUUCCGAUGUGACCGAAUCAGAAUUUUGAACUUUCAACGUCUCUGAGAGGGAACUUGCUACUUGCCCCUACAAAUACAAAUUACUAUAAUAGCUAUUAGUAAUACUAUUUCAGAGUUUUGAUCACACAGCAUUGACAGCCAUGACUAUUACUACUUUCGACGUUCCCUUCUUUGGUGAUCGAAUCCUAACAACAGUCACAAACAGCCCAGGCUAUGUUGGCGAUUGGAUCUGGGAGAUCGAAGCCGUCCAUGCGCGUCGCCUUGACCGCCUCGUUGUUGGACUUGAUAUCGAGUGGCGACCCACUUUCAACCGUAAUCAACAAAGCCAAGUUGCAAUUCUUCAGCAUUGCGUUGGCCGCCGCUGUCUCAUAUUUCAACUCCAACACUGUUUUUACAUUCCUUUAUUUUUAUCCGUUUUUUUGUGCAAUCCCAGUUACACCAUUGUUGGGGUUGGAAUCGAGAAUGACGUUGAAAAGUUGGAGAAGGAUUAUGGGAUACGUGCGGGUAAUGUGGUUGACUUAAGGCAUUUGGCGGCGGAUUCUUAUGGCAUGAGGGACCUGAGAAAUGCUGGUUUAAAGAAGCUGUGCCAAGUUGUUCUUGGAAAAGAAAUGGAAAAGCCCAAGCAUAUUACUUUGGGUAAAUGGGAUAACGAAGAGCUCAGCGCGGAGCAAGUGGAGUAUGCUUGUAUUGAUGAUUUUGUUUCUUUCGAGAUUGGAAGAAACAAUCUUAUUUAUUUUAAAACAUGACGGGUUGAUUUAAGCUGCUAAGUGGGCGUAUGGCCAACCGGCCCCUAAAUAAGGUUUUGGUUUGGAAUUUGGACUGUGAUCUAUAAAGGUGCACCGUUCUAAAUGCAGAUUAGGAUUCUUAUAUUUUAAGAGUAAUUUUGAAUUGUUGUUGCU